AUGGCCCAGUCUGAAGGGGAGGCCGGCGGCGACGCGUCGGCGCGGACCAAGUUCUAUACCCAGUCAUUUACCAUAUUCACCUCCCUGCAGUCCAUUGCCGCGUCGCAGCAGCGCGAGGAGCGUGGCGAUGCGGGGUGGAUGGACGCCGGCCCGUCGGUGCAGACGAUGCAGUACUACCACCGCAUCGGCACGCUGUACUGUGACGCGAUACAUACCUAUCUGAACGACCUGGAUGCGGAACAUCUCGACGAGUCCGAGUAUCUCGCGCACGUCCAGUCGCUGCAGACCAUCUUCCACCUCGCCCAGGUGCUCUACUUUCCAGAGGACGGCCGUGGGAUGGGCGUCAUUGGCGAGGAGCUCUUGCACUGGCUGAACGCGCACGACGUCGCGCCGACCACCGAACAGGGCCAGCAGAUCGCGCAGACCUCGCCGUCGCACGACCAUCCCGAAUUUUGGGACUACCUCUUCCGCUGCGUGCUGCGUGGAUUCUACGGCACGGCGGCGACCGUGCUGCAGAGCUAUAGCGCGCCCGGCACGCCCAGCACGCUCUAUGAAAUCGCGAGCGAGACCGCGCAGAUCCUCAAGACGCUGCCCCGCUCGACCGGCUACCCCACCGAGCACGCCUUCUUCUCGGCGCACCGGAAUUGGCACACCUCGGUACGCGUCUUUCUCUCGGGCAUGCAGCGCAAGAUGGACAGCGUGCAGAAAGAGCUCGAGGCGAACGGCGCACCGCACCCCGAGGAAGAGCGCCUCGAGCUCGAGGCGCAGUUCCGCUGCCUCCUCGAGCUCCUGUGCGGUGUGCAGGACCGUGUGCUGGAGUUUUCCGAGAACUGGACCGAGGCCGUGUGUGCGUGGGGAACGCUCGUGCAGCCCGCCAUGAAGCGCGACGAUCUUCCAGACGUCGUGCAGCUCAUCACCGACCAACUCCCGGUCGACGGCACGCUCGGCAGCGAGAUGGUGCUCGUGUCGCUCAUGCGCGGCGAGGUGACCAAGGCCAUCAAGCAGUGCAUUCCUUACGACGAGUGGCUCGCGACGCACCUGAGCGACUUUUGCCACAAGGCGCAGCUGCUCGAUAAUAACGAGGCCAAGGGCGAGGACGGCGAGCCGCUCUGCGACUCGAUUCUCUUUACCUGGGCGGAUCUGCUGCUGAACGAGGAGCGCCUGUGGCGCAUGGCCCUCUCGUACCUCGCCGUGAUUCAUACGCCGGCUGCGCGCUCCAAGAUGCGGGGCGUGCUCUUUAGCGUGCCGCUCAUGGACGAGGGCCUCGACGCCGACGCGCAGUUUAAGCGCGUCGAAGAGGUGCUUGGCGCGUGCAUCGAGUACGGCAUGGACGACGAGGUCCGCAUCAUUUGCAAGCGCCUCGGCCACGAGCUCAUGGAGCACAAAAAGUACGGCCUCGCCAUUGCCUACAGCGUGCGUGCGCGCGAUGCGCGGCAGGUGCGCAUGAUCGCCGACCAGAUGCUCCACGACUAUGUCGAGCACGGCCCCGAGGCGUUUAUCCGCAGCGUCGACACGAUUCCCCGCAUGCUCCUCGACAAUGCCGAGGCGAUCGCGACCGAGGCGGGGCUUACCGCCGAGAAUGCACAGCUUGCGACGCCGUUUGCAACCACCUCGAGCAUCUUUUCGACCGAGACCUUUGCCCCGCUCGUGUUCCACGUCAAGUACCGCGACUUCCACGAGCUGUACGCGAACAAGGCGACCUGGUCGGAGGCGGCGCAGAUCCUCGUCGGCCUGCUCACGAGCGACGUGACGCCCGAGUCUUUUCUGACGGUGCUGCUCGUCGACGCGCUGCCGCUGGUGCAGGCGCCAGAGCUCUACUUCUCGAUGCCGGAAACGUACGAGCUGCUGCGCGUCGUCGAAAAGGUCGGCUCCGUGGCCGAGUCGAACGGCACGGACGAGGUGGCUGACUACUACUUUUACUGGCUCGAGCUGCUGCUCAGCCGCAAGGCGGGCGCAGAGGCGAGCAGCUCGGCAGUGCGCCGCAAGCUCGUCCAGGAGCGCAUGAUGGUCGUGCGCCUCGCCUUGUCCCAGUACCUUUCGCGCAUCCUCGUCGAGGGCAGCGAGGGCUGGUGA